GCCACCACGUAAUAAACGGCUUUGUUUGAGCUGAGAUUAAGGGAAACAGAAGUGAGCGUUGAGAAACGUAAGAGAGUGUGAGAUAUUAAAACAUUAAAAAAAGAAAAGAGCAAAGGGUUUUAUAAACUGUUGAAUGUAUAGAUAUAAGGAUAAAAUGUAAGAGUAUUGUAUUUGGGAUUAUGUGAAUGUAGAUAUUUUUGUGACUUAAGGAAAGGUAGGGUUUUGUGGUUGAUGUGCAGUUUAACGCUGUUAUUGUGUUUUCGUAUGUAGAGUUUUUAUGAGGUAAACCUUUAGUUUUGAGAAGAGAACGUUAUUAGUUAACGUUUAAAGAGAGCCUUUAAGGCCUUGAGUUGGUGAGUGUGAGAGAAAGUCUUCUUACUUAUAAAUUUCCAACUAAAGGCUCUCGAAAAGGCCAUUAAAGAUUUCUAUUUCAAAAUGGUUUGGGAGUCCAAUGUGUAAACAAGACUUCUUAGAUUAAAUAAAUUUAUAAUUUAAUUAAAACAAGUAUUAAAAUAAUUUAAACAAUAUGAUGAAUCAAAAUGUGUGUCGCUGUUGCUUAAAGGAAAAUCCUCCACUAACCUAUAAGAUAUUCGAUAAAUAUAGUAAUUUAUGGGAGGAUUUAAAGCUGUGUUUACCGGUUUCCAUAAAAUGUGAAAACACUGAUGGUUUGCCACAAAUUAUUUGUGAUGAAUGCUGGUUGCAGGUGCAGCAGUUCAAAGAAUUUCGCCAGCAAUGUGUGCUGGCAGAUGAGGAGCUAAGGAAUCGUUAUACGGAUUAUAAAAAUCAAGCUGUGGAAGAGGUGUUGGGUUUGAUCGAGAAAUUAAGGCAGGAAGAUAAUAAUGUGAUAACUAACUGGCAGGAGAAGGAAUCAGGAGAGUUUAAUGAAUUUCCUCAUGAUUUAAAUGAUUUUGAUACCUUUGAAUUCUCCCACCUGCCGAGUGAUUUGGAUUUAUAUAGCUCUUCACAUGAUAGCGGUAUAUUUGAAGAGGAUUUAUCGCCACAAAGUAGUUACAAUUUUGAAAAUUUCCUACAAUCCUCUACAAAUCAAAACAACUCAACUGAUCUUUCCUCGGUUUCUACUAGAUCUUCAGAUUCUGAUACCUCUUCUAGAAGAAAGUCCUAUAAAGGCCCCUUUCCUUGCAAUUAUUGUGAUAAAAAAUUUACCCGUAAUUUCCAGCUGAAACUACAUCUUAUAUCCGUUCACCAAAUAGGCGAUGGCCUACAGUAUACUUGUCAGAUAUGCACAAAAACUUUUGCCUCUAAUCACAGCCUAAGUUAUCAUCAGAAAUCGGUACACUAUCAGCAGAAACCUCAUUUUUGUCCACAAUGUGAUCGACAAUUUGUGCUCAAAUCUCAAUUGGUCUCACACAUGCGCAUCCAUACUGGAGAAGCUAAACCGCGCAUUUUUGAGUGUCAGGAGUGUGGUAAAAAAUGGCCCACUAGAUCCGAUCUAAGAACCCAUAUGAGAUCCCACGACCCCAAUAUGGAAAGACCCUUUAAAUGUGAUCGUUGUGAAAAAAGUUUUUUCACUCGGGGACAUCUAACCUCACACCAGUUAGUGCAUACUGGAGAAAAACCUUUCGCCUGUGAGUUCUGCAAUAGAUCCUAUCAAAGUGUAGGCAACCUAAAUAAUCAUAUGGCUCGACGUCAUAUCAAGGAAAUAGUGCAUAGAGAGCAGAAAUCCCUAGAGGAAUAUCAAAUUGCUAAUGACAGCAGACAAGAAGAAAUGGUAUUAAUGGAACUUUAAAGUCCUUAAUAAUAUAUUAGAAAAUAAUUGUAAUUCUAAAUUAGCAUCUUAAAAGUUAUAGACAAGGUAUUAAUUAAUGCUAUAGCUUUGUUUUGAAGGUUUAUAUAUAUUUCCAAAUAUUAAUUCUAUUUAUGUUUGCAUUUUGUUUUCAUUUAAACUUUAACAUAUUCUCCCAAAAAUAGUAUUAAUGAUUCAUAAGAUAAGCUAAUCAUCUAUGUUUAGUAUUAAAUAAUUAAAAUUAAUU